UCAAAGAUGGUGGUAUAAAUAUAUGCUGCAAUUGAGUUGUCAUGGUAUAGUUAAAAUUAGUAGCUAGCUAGCUACCGUUUCUAGUGUCUACCAUGUCUAACGUUAAUUGACUUUCUCAAUCUCCCCAGACAACAUGGCAGAGGACAUCCCUGUGGAAGACUACCCUACUGAGAUUGAGGAGCAGCUCACGGGGUUUGAGCAGGGGCGGUGUUCAUCAGUCGAUGCUGUCAACAACAUGGUGCAGACCAUCAUAUCUAUGCCAAGAAAUGAGCUGGUACAACGGCUGGAUCCUCUGGAACAAGCCAAGCUGGACCUGACGUCUGCAUAUAGCCUCAACUCUCUUUUCUGGACGUACUUGGUCACACAAGGAAUAAACCCCAAACAAUCAAGCAAGAGUUG